AUGAAUAGUCGCGUGGGGGUAAAGUGUGAUUUUAUCAAGGAUGAGCGCUUAACGGAUUUAGACAUGAACAAUACCUUAAACGAUGUACCGCCAAUACGACGAUCAAUGGAUUUAAAUAGUAAUCAAUUUGGUGACUUAUUGAUUGAACUUUGUAAAGCAGUGAAUAUGUGUAUUGUUAACGGACGAUCAGGUAUGCCGGGCGAUAAGGGCAGUUAUACGUGUAUGACGCACAAUGGUGAAAGUGUGAUAGACUUAGUGUUGACUAAAUACUCAAAUUUCAAGUUCUUAAAGCAAUUUAUGAUUCAUGAUUACACAGAAUUUUCCAACCACACACCCGUGUCAUUUCGAUUAAAAUUAGGUAUUGUCGAAAAAAGGGAAACAACUCACCGAAUAAUAUAUAACAGGUGGAAUGAUGAACACAAACAUGCAUUUCGAAACGAUAUAUUCAGUGAAAUUGGAAAUUUAAACAGUCUGCUAGAUGACAGUGAUAUCAGCAUAAAUGAUAAAGUACAAACUUUUAGCCAAGUAAUUACCGAUAACGCCGAUAAAUACUUUAAGAAAAAUGUUAAAUGUACAAAUAACACAUUCCUUGAUAGAAGCAAUGACAGGAAAAAAUGGUUUAACGAAGAAUGUAUAGAAAAGCAACGUAUAUACAAGACAGCAUUGGGACAAUAUCUGACACAUAGAAAUACGAAAUCAUUGAAUAGACUGCAUCAGCUUAAACGCGAAUAUAAAACAUGUGUAAAUCGUGCAAAGAAAACAUUCAAUCGUGAUCGGUGUCGUGAAAUGAACACAAUGAGAAGGAAAAGCCCCCGCGAAUUCUGGAGAAUGUUUAAGACUAAUAAAAAUAAUUCUGUCAAUGAGAUUUCAAACGAACAAUUGUGUGAGCACUUUAAAACAUUAGCGCAGGACCAUAAUACCCCGGAUGAUGAUAUCGAAGACUUUUUACGUGAUUUUGAUGAACAUGACGGAAACAGUACAUAUGAGGAACUCGAUUUCCCUAUUACGUCAGAUGAAGUGUUAAAAGCAUGUAAAACAUUAAACAGAAAUAAAUCACCUGGAGAUGAUUCCAUUAUAAAUGAAUAUUUGAUUGAAACCUGUGAUCUAUUAAUACAGCCAUUAACUACGUUAUUUAACAUUAUAUUUGAAUCGGGACAAUUUCCUACAACUUGGUCAAAUGGUAUUAUUAUACCUCUUUAA